UCCAAGAUUGUCUCAAACCCAGCAAAAUCGGCAAGACGAGCCGAUGCGGCCCCUCAUCGUGGUUGGCACAAUUUUAAGAGUCAAACACUCAAAAUGGUCGUCAGGAUGGUUGCCCACCACGCUUGCGCGGUGAAUGUUCCGCCAACAACAAGCAGCCUUGAUUGCAAUGAGGAGAUUUCCUGCACACGAGCUGUGCACGCACCAUGCACUGGCAGCACAGCAGAUGCCACGGCUGAGGCGCAUACUGAGUUUGCUGCGAACGCACGGUCAGUGCCAACUAGUAUUGGUCGUAACGCUCGCUCAGACUUGGCAAAAUCUGCUACCCGAAUCUCGUUUCAUACUUCAGCAGCUUAUCGUCCUUGUGGUGCUGCCCAACAGUGCCCGUGCCCCAGCUUGACCCUUCACGCUGGACGAAACCUUAUUCUGCUCGCCAAAGGUCUCACCCUUCCCGUCCUGCACAUAUCCGUUGCCACUAUCGCUGAUCAAUUGCUCGUUGGCACUGUGUGCCGGCACGACGUCUAUACCGUAGCUCACAAGCAGGCUGAUGGCUUUCGUGCUACCCACAGCUUUUCAACAGAAUCAUCUCCUCAAUGGGAUAGUCGCCAAGCCUUUCACCCGUUUGACGCCAAGCUCCUCACGGAGUCCUCACCAAGCAACAAGACCUAGUCGUAGAUUCAGUUGCAGAGCGGGGAACAGCUCACUCAGAGCCAAGACUGUAGCCUGGCACGGGCGUGUCGCUUGUAACAUUGCGGAUGUUGCGCUAAACGACAUCCGUGAGCUUUGUGGCCAUGGCAUAGGCGAACGGUUCACAGACUCUCACGCGAGCGCUACCUGUAACAGUGUAUCGAUGCGUUGCCGUGAGCUCUGCGGCAAAAUAUUGAGUGAUCACAGUCAGGUACCGACCUGCGACCAUAAAUGUCGCUUCGGAUGUGUACGACCAUUCAAGCUGUCCAAGCAAAGCCCCGCCUCAUCUCCUUUCAGUCACAUGUGUAGUUGACGGAACGCGCGUCUACCGCGCGU